UUCAGCUUCGCAGCAACAAACUCUCACUUUUUCCAGCUGAGGUGUCUUCUAACUGGGGUCUUUAAAAUGCGGACUUUUCGACAGCACUUGAUGGCAGCAUUAGCAAACCAAAGCCACGCCGGUGGAGGGAAGAGACAAAAAAGUCCAACCAACCACUAAAAGACGAGCGGAGGCGUGACAGUCGGGGGGGAAUAUGAACAUUGAGUAAUCCGACUCGUUUUGUGGCUCAGAGGAGAAAGAAAACACAGUUAGUCGCUGCAAACUUCUGAGCCACCAGCCUAUCUGUUUCGCCACACCACUGAUAUCACUCUAUAUCUUGGGACGUCGGCGGAAAGAGGCGCGCUCCGGGAAUAAAAAAUGUCCCAGGAGGGAAUGAACGGGGUCCCGCACCGGGGCAAGGUGCUGACGGUGGACAACAUGAACCCCAACGUGAAGCGGGUCGAGUACGCCGUCCGCGGCCCCAUAGUCCAGCGGGCGGUGCAGAUUGAGAAGGAGCUGAAAGAGGGAGUGAAGAAGCCUUUCACAGAGGUCAUCAAGGCGAACAUCGGAGACGCCCAUGCCAUGGGUCAAAAGCCAAUCACAUUUUUAAGACAGGUCUUGGCUCUUUGCUCCUACCCAGAACUCCUCAAUGACAACAAGUUCCCAGAGGAUGCCAAGAACAGAGCACAGCGCAUCCUGCAGGCCUGCGGCGGACACAGUAUAGGUGCCUACAGUGCUAGUCAGGGCAUCGAGUGCAUCCGGCAGGACGUGUCUCGCUACAUAGAGAAGAGAGACGGUGGAAUCCCCUCCAACCCAGACAACAUCUUCCUCUCCGCUGGUGCCAGUGAUGCCAUAACGACCAUGCUCAAACUGCAGGUAUCCGGUGAGGGUCGCAACCGUACAGGAGUGAUGAUCCCCAUCCCCCAGUACCCCCUCUACUCCGCUGCCCUGGCAGACCUUGGCGGCAUACAGAUCAACUACUACCUAGACGAGGACAGGUGUUGGGCUCUGGACGUCACAGAGCUCAGAAGAGCCGUCACUGCUGCCAGGCAACACUGUAAUCCCCGGGUCCUCUGCAUCAUCAAUCCCGGAAACCCCACUGGUCAGGUGCAGAGCAGACAGUGCAUCGAAGAUGUGAUCCGAUUUGCCAAAGAGGAGCACCUCUUCCUUAUGGCUGAUGAAGUCUACCAGGAUAAUGUCUAUGCAGAAGGCUGCAAGUUUCACUCCUUUAAGAAGGUGCUGUUUGAGAUGGGACCAGAGUACUCCAGCACAGUGGAGAUGGCCUCUUUCCACUCCACCUCCAAAUGCUACAUGGGAGAGUGUGGAUUCCGCGGAGGCUACAUGGAGGUGAUUAACUUGGACCCGGAGGUGAAAGCCCAGCUCAUCAAACUGGUGUCAGUGCGUCUUUGCCCCCCUGUCACAGGACAGGCUCUCCUGGACCUGGUGGUCAACCCGCCACAGCCUGACGAACCCUCCUACACCACUUUUAUCAAGGAGCGGACAGCGGUGUUGGCAGCCUUGGCAGAGAAAGCCAGACUGACAGAAGAGGUCUUCAACACAGUGCCUGGUAUCAGGUGUAAUCCUGUCCAGGGGGCCAUGUACACAUUCCCCUGUAUCACCCUACCUCAGAAGGCCAUCAGCCAGGCCAAGGAGAAGGGCCUGGCUCCAGACAUGUUCUAUUGUAUGAAGCUGCUGGAGGAGAUGGGUAUCUGCCUGGUGCCAGGGAGCGGCUUUGGACAGAGAGAGGGAACCCACCACUUCAGGAUGACCAUCUUGCCGCCAACUGAGAAGUUGAAGAUCAUGCUGGACAAGAUCCGGGAGUUCCACCAGAAGUUCACACAAGAGUUUUCUUAGCGCCGCGUCGAAACCUCCCACCAGCCUCAUCACCUUAAUCUAAGCCUCGGAAUCAACAGCAGACUGGAAUGUCCACUAUUGUUGUUUUUCAUGCAACUCCUUCAAUGCCAGUAUCUUUCAAGUGCCUUUGUGUGAGACUUGGGCAGCGAACAUAGCCCUCUGUUUUUGACAAGGUUAUAUUCACACAAGGACAACGGAUCAGAUUUUUAAGCUGUUAUGAUGUUUAGACUGUUUCUAUCAGGGGAAAUGUGUGUAUAUUUAACAAAUGGGCAGUUAUUUACAUGAUGCACUUUCCCAAAGGGUGAUACUUGGCCAGGUGUAGAAGGUUUUAAAUAAUGAUAGUUGUAUGUAAUGAUAUAAGGUUAGACAUUUCAGCCGUCCUCACCUUAGAGAUGCUGCUACUGCGGGCUGUGCAGCUUUACUGCCAACAGGUACACAGCCAAACUAGUUAGAAGUGUCAUUCUUUAACAGCAUGGUCCAAAAUAAAUUUGUCUACAGUAGUCUUUGGGUGUAGAGUGUGAAACCUGGGAAUAUUGUUUUGGAAGAUUUGUCUUAAAUGUGUAGCUAUUUGUAAUAACUAAUGGUGAAAUUGUUUUUAAACGUGAAAAUAAAAGUUUUAAUUUGUCUGAUACACUACA